AUUAAUAGUAGGACAGAUGUGUGCUUGGAGAGUAAACGUGCUGUAACUAACAUGAGAUUAUAAAUCGUAAAAAUCCGUGUUCAUUCCUAUUUCCAGUGAACAGAACAAACCAGAGGUCUGUGUUGGAUCAUCAGGACGGAAGAAUGAAGAAGAAACUCCUCCACAGCGGAGAGGCGUCGCCUGCUCAGCAGUCAGAGGACUAUGUGGUCGGUCAGGUGUCAGGAAGCUUGUUUCAGAACACUUCUACGGCCGGAUCCCUGUCGGCUUUAUUCAGCAGCGCUCCGCCGGCCGGACCUCUCCUGUUCCAGCCUCCACCCAAACAGCCCGUUAAGAAGAGCACAGAAACACAGCAGGAGACGAAUCCAGAAGUAAAAGGUCCAUUGUGUCAGAAGAAGAAGAUCCCAAAGAAGAAGUCAGCAGCUGAGCAGAAGCUGGAAAACAGAGAGAGCAGCUUACUGAAGGCCGAUGAGGACGAGCAGGGACACGAGACGUCUGUCAGGAAGAAGAAGAAGAAGAGGAAGCUGGAAAUGGAUGGAGAGAAGGAUGCAGAGCACUGGGUGAUGAAGAGGCAGAGGCUGAAGGCCCACAGAGCAGAGGAGGCCUUGAAGAAGACCAGAACCGUGUUUGUAGGGAACCUGCCCAUCAGCUGCACCAAAAAGACCCUGCGGAGUCUCUUCAGGGAUAAAGGAACCAUUGAGUCUAUCCGGUUUCGCUCAAUGGUCAGAGAGGAUCCCUCCAUGUCUCGCAAAGUAGCAGCCAUCAAACGUAAAGUCCAUCCCAAGAAGCAGAGCAUGAACGCCUACGUGGUGUUUAAAGACGAGGACGGAGUGGCCAAAGCUCUGGAGAGGAACGGCAUGGAGAUCGAGAAAGACUUCCACAUCCGAGUGGACAGAGUCUCUGACAGCUCCUCACAUGAUCACAAGCGUUCUGUGUUUGUGGGGAAUCUGUCGUUUGAGAUCAGCGAUCUGGCGUUUCGAAGGCAUUUUGAGGAGUGUGGCUCAGUGGAGGCGGUACGACUGGUACGAGACCAGAACUCUGGACUGGGGAAAGGAUUCGGAUACGUCUUGUUUGAGAGUGCCGACUCGGUGCAGAUAGCGUUGGAACUGGACGGCUCAAAGCUGGAAGGCCGGUCCAUCCGGGUGAAGAGGUCCGUGAAGAAGGAGAAGCAGAAGAAUAAAACUGACAGCAAAGGAACAGCAGGAAAGACUGGGAAGGGCCCAACGAAGGGCCCAGCGAAGGGCCCAACGAAGGGUCCAGGACGGGAGAAAGGGGCUGGUCCAGGAGGUUUUAAGUCCCAGAAGAAGUUCACAGGAAAGCAGCAGCCGUCGACCAAAAGCUCCUCCUCCUCCUUCAAGGGAGAAAUGGCAGAUCCAAAGAAAAAGACUAAAAAGAAAGGGCUGAAGAGGAAAGGGAAGCCCAACAGGUCCGUUCAUAUCUGAUCCAGAGGAAACGCUCCAUGUUCAGCAGGAAUAGAGUCUGAGGAGUAAGACUGUUGUGUGACUGUUAAAAAAAGAACGUUACGUCUGAUUCCUGACACUGAUGUUUAUUGGCUGUUUGUUAAAAUCACUUUUUCUCUACUUUGGUGUCAGAAUGACAGAUUUCUUUUGUAGAAACUUCUGUAAAUCUGCUGGUUCAUGAAAGCAUAUCAUACAUGACACUGAAAUAAAUAUAAAGACCAGAAAACCUCUACAAAGACCUGCUUCAACCACACAGUCAGAUUCCGACUGUGCAUUGAUCUGAGGUUGUUAAAAACCGUGGGUUUGACAUUUCUUGUGUACAGAAUAAACAGAGCAGGCAGUUGAGGAGCUGGUGGGUGUAUUUUACCUUUUAGAGCUGUUUUACACCGAUCACUGAUCAGUAUUUUCUUGUAACAGUCAGCAAUAAAGAAAAUCAGCAUAUUUCUUCACAUUUAUCAUAUCAAAUAAUCACAGCAUUUAGUCGUCUGGAACUGAACCGUAGAGGAUUUACUGGAGGAUCAAAACCACAAAAGCCAGACAAAAAAAACAAAUAACUAAACAAAACAAAAAAUUAGACAAAAAAGGAACAAAAUGCAAAAAAAAUAGACAAUGACAAAAUGAGACAAAUGACACGAAAUAAAACCAAAAAAGAGAAAAAAAUUUACAAAAUGAAAAAAAAGACACAAAAGGAGAAAAAUGAGACAAAAAAUGACAAAAGUGAGAAGCAAAACAACAAAAACAUGAGACAAAUGGCAAAAAUCAGACAAAAAAAAAGACAAAAAAAAUACUACAAUAAUGAGACACAAAACGACAACAGAACAGUGAACAAUAGUAUUUUACUUUAUGAUCCAAACAACUUGUCAUGGUCUAGAAAUGAUUUUAAAUUUAGAGUUUUACUAAUUUCCAAUCUGCAGUUAAUGUCUUCUCUGGAAUUUUUACACUUUGAGGGCCGGAUUGGACCCGCUGGAGGACCGCUUUUGGCCCGCGGGCCGCAUGUUGGACACCACUGGUUUAGUGCUUCUCAGCAGGCAUUUCAAUCAUCAGUUAUUCCAGUCAAAGCAUGACAGAAAACAUUAAGAUCUACAAUAAUUCUGGACAUAAGCUUAGAUUUUAGCACAUUUUUAUCAGUAUUUCUUAACACCCUUUUACAACCACAGGGACCACUGGUGACACCGCAGCGCAUGUGUAUUUCAAAUUACUGUAACUCCUCGCUACUUCGUGCAAUUUUGAUCAUUCAAAAUGCCCCUGAAAGCUGUUAAAUGGGGCUUUCUGGUGCUAUUACAUGCAUUACGGUAAUGACUGAGUGCUGCGUGGGGAGAGGAAAUGAGUAUUAUGAGUAUUAUGGCUAAAAGGGUUAAAGACAUGGUAAUAAGAGAUGCGUAUCGAGCAGCAAAAGAUCCAAAGAAACUACAAAACUCAGGACUCAUUAAUCCAUCACUUCUCAAUAGAACAGUGGAGUAUUUGCUCUGAUGUAAGAUUUAACAUCAUAAGACCUGAGCUUUGGUUGGGCUUGCAUUUUAGAUUGCUUCUAGUUGUUUGGGAUAAGGAUUAACCAAUAAACAUAAUAAUCAGAUAAUAUAUCAUAUCUGUUUAUUAUAUUUGUCAUAUUUUAUUGUAUCUAUAUUAUAUUCUUAUUAUUAUUAUGAACAAUACACUCUUUUUGAAAAAAAAAUUAUGUCCACUGUUGAGAAACAUGGAGGUAUGAGAUCCCAGAAUCAGCCACAAGGGGGAGACUCUGGCAGAAUAACAGCUAAAUAAGGGAACAUUGUGAUAUUAUAACCUGUGAUUUAUAAUUGAUUCAUGCUAUAACCUAAUAAGUGUGUUAAAGCUAACUCAAAUACCUAUUUUUAUAAUCUUUAAGAAGUAACUAAGUCAGAACAGCAACUCGCUGUGAAAAGUGAUGUUUUUGGUUACCAGGGAAACUGAUGUUUUUGAUAGAUUUAACAAAUAUGAGGAACUGAUGCUUUAUUAAAUGGAAAUGCUUUUAUGAGUUUUGAUUACUAUGAAACUGAGAUGUUUUAGAAAGAGUCUUGAUUACUGUUAAACUAAGGUUUUUAACUUAGUAAUGAAGUGAGAAGUCAAGAGCUAAGGUGAACUGGGGUCAAGUGUUCACAGUGAAGGUUAUUAACCUCGAAAUAGACUUCAGGGAUUUUUGUGAGUCUGACAUCUGUUUCCUGACCAGAGGCCUGUUCUGAGCUGCAGAUGGAACAAAUACAUUAAUAGAGAAGUAAGACUGAGUGGAAGCGUCCAAACAGUCCAAACAGUUAGUUUCAGUUCCUCAAACAUGGAGGGGUCUUAGGAUGAGUUGUGGGGGAGCUGGUGGAACAGUCCAGAAUAGAUGGUUUUAGUUCCUCCAGAGCACACAGAGGCCAUGAGGUCAGUGGAUGGAAGCAGUGCACGAGUAAGGAGGGGGAUGGAUGCUGUCAUCACGCAUGUUAAUUAAGUGUGCAGUUAUUGCAUAUGCAAAAGGUUCAGUUGUUGUAUAAAUUGCACUGGAUCGAGACACGAGUUGGGAGUCGUUGCGAGGUGGUCACUCGUUGCAAGCCAGGGUAGAAAUGCUCUGAGCAAAGGGGAUUUUACCACGUAACUCGGACGGGGGAUUCAACAUGAUCUGCAAAGGAAUAACUGUUCUAUUGGAAUUAUGGACUGAAGGAGUGCUCUUUCUGCACUGUUUGAGGAUUACGAAAGACUGUGAUCUAAAAAUAACGCUGACUGAAGGAACAUUACUGAACUCUGCUAUUUCCAUGAGGAACAACACCAGAAUGGAUUAACAAAGUUUUUACUGGCCCUAAAUGACAAAAAUGGAUACAAGCAGAUCUAAAUCUGGACCGAACCCCGUCCACUUCCCCCUGGAGCCGGUGAGCCUCGGAGGCUCGUCAGUCUUCAGGUGAGCAGCCGGUUCUGAUCACACCGACUGCUCUCCAACUCCAAAUUACAUAGUCUGGGUGAUUAUUACUCUUCUUAGAUGAAAGCAUAGUUCCACUUAUGAGUCAUGUUAAGCAAUUGGAAGAAUAUUAAUGUUUGGUUGUGUUGUGAUUUAGGAGCUUAUGCUACGCCCCUGCUGAAAUUAUAAUAAAACAUUUAUCCUGCAAUUAAA